UCAUCUUUCUUUUCUAUGUGACGAAACAGAGUUGUUAAUAAUAAUCGAUCAAAUCACUCUCCAUCUCCAAUCAAAAUUUCUCUCUCCCUAGACCAUCACGAAGAAGAGUUAGUGAAAAGGGUGUCUGUGAGAAGAGAAAUUUAAGAAAGGAAACUGAUAAUUGUUUGCCCUUCUUCUCUGUAGCUAAUUAAAUUGAGGAAGAAGAAGAAAAUCAAGGAGGUAGUCAUUAACAAAUUCAUUUCAAGCAAGAAAGAAAUUAAUCCUGGCUGUGACUCGCACUACCCACGAUGAUGACACAGCAGCAGCAGCAACAACGUCUCUCCUGUGGGAAGAGGAAAAAGAAGAAGGAGCUCCAGACACAGCUCAUCAGAUCAGCAACGAUUCAUGGUUUCAAGUAGGAUUUGUCCUUACGACUGGUAUCAACAGUGCAUAUGCACUUGGAUACUCUGGCACCGUCAUAGUUCCACUUGGUUGGUUUGCUGGCUCUAUUGGUUUCAUUUUAGCUGCUGCAAUAUCCCUUUAUGCCAAUGCACUCAUCGCCAAACUCCACGAGUUCGGGGGAAGGAGGCAUAUUAGGUACAGGGAUCUCGCUGCACACAUUUACGGCAGUAGGAAAGUUUAUUCUCUUACAUGGGCACUCCAGUAUAUAAACCUAUUCAUGAUUAACACUGGUUAUAUCAUUUUGGCUGGACAGUCUCUAAAGGCAAUAUAUGUCCUCUUCAGGGACGACCACAUUCUGAAGCUUCCGCACUUCAUUGCGAUGGCUGGAUUAGUCUGUGCCAUCUUUGCUUUUGGGAUACCUCACUUGUCAGCACUGAGGAUUUGGCUGGGAUUUUCUACUUUCUUUAGCUUAAUAUACAUCAUUGCAGCUUUUGUUCUUUCACUUCGAGAUGGGAUGAACGCUCCAGCUAGAGAUUACAGCAUUCCCGGAUCGAAAGCAAGCAAAAUCUUCAGCUCUGUUGGGGCAGCUGCAAAUCUUCUAUUUGCAUUUAAUACUGGAAUGCUCCCAGAGAUACAGGCAACUGUGGAGCAACCUGUUGUUGACAACAUGCUGAAAGCACUCUACUUCCAAUUUACUGCUGGAGUUUUGCCGAUGUAUGCUGUUACUUUUAUGGGGUAUUGGGCCUACGGAUCUACAACAUCAUCAUAUCUCCUCAACAAUGUAACUGGUCCAAUUUGGGUGAAGAUAAUGGCGAAUGCUGCUGCCUUUCUGCAGACAGUCAUCGCUUUGCAUAUAUUUGCUAGUCCAAUGUAUGAGUACUUGGAUACGCGGUAUGGAAGAUCAAAAGGAAGCGCAUUCUCAUUUCAGAACUUGUCAUUCAGAGUUCUUGUGAGAGGUGGUUACCUAUCUGUAAAUACCCUGGUUGCAGCUCUACUGCCAUUUCUAGGAGACUUCAUGAGUCUUACAGGAGCCUUCAGUACAUUACCUCUCACGUUUAUCCUUGCAAACCACAUGUACCUAAUGGCGAAGAAGAACAAGCUUACAGUGUCGCAGAAAUCGUGGCACUGGCUUAAUGUCUGUGUGUUCAGUGGCAUGUCAGUUGCAGCUGCAAUUGCAGCUUUGAGACUUAUCGUGACUGAUUCAAAAACAUAUCAUUUCUUUGCUGAUAUCUGAUUAUUAAUUGCAAAAAUAUUCCUGGGUUUUCAAGGGGACCUUGAGUAAGUAAAAGGAAUCUAGCCUCGCAUUCUUCAUUUUGUUUGUUUGUUUUCUUCUUGCUCUGCCUUCAACAUGUUGUCAUUAAUUUAUGCAAAAUGUUGGGCCUUUCAAAGGGGGUAUGCUUCCAGAAAAAUCAAUAACACCCUUUGUCCACACGCCUGAAAAUGUAAAUUGGCUUUUUUGCUACCUGUAAAUGUUGUAUGUAGUUCAAGUAAUAAUAUUACAGUGAUUUUUCUGA